AUGAAGCGGAUGAAAGGCGUGAAAAUCAGUGGAAUAACUCUCCUCGUGGUUUGCUCCAUUCUAUUCCUCAAACAAUGGAUGAAUAUUCAUUACUCGGACAAACUCAAAACCUCGCUUUAUUUGUUUAAACCAUUUGCAUCUGAGUCCAUUCGUGCUGAUCGAGAACAACGCACAGCUUGUCACUGGCCUCCACACUCGACGGAGGAUAUUCGAAACCCCAAAACACGACUGUUCCAUUUGGCCAUCCAGCCAUGUGUUCAAAAACAGAACGGCAAAGAUCACUCGGAUACUCGGUGGGAACGAUAUUAUAAACUGUUGAAGAUCUUAUAUCCCGGACGUUUGACGAAUGGGUCUAUUACACACAGAGCUCGUAUCAUGGAACACGCACUACGUGUCGAUCCGAAUGAAUACAAUUAUAAUUUAUAUCCACAAUUAAUUGAUGUGAAAGAAACAGUGUCACUAGUACGUCAAGGACACAAGGUGGUUCGGAAACCAAUCAACGAUCCGAACAUACCUAUUCUCGUGGCACCAAGAGGCUUCUGUGACCCGAGCAAGAAUAAGCAAGAUUCAUCGGAGCUGGUGGUUCUCAUAAAGUCCUGUGUCCGUUGCCGGAAGGAUCGUUAUUGGGCACGUGAAACCUACAUGCAACCUCAUUUAUGGGGUGAUUUUCAUAUUCGAUUCGUGUUUGGAGUAUCAGUCCAUCAUCGUAGUCAUGGUAAUGAGAAACAAGAUUAUGUGAACACGAAGAGGGAACUCAUAACAGAGGCAAAUCAGUUUGGUGAUAUACUGAUCGGCGAUUUUGAGGAUAAUUACUUUUCACUGACUCUGAAACAAGCGUUCACAUUUCGAUGGGCGUCCGUGUUUUGUGCUCACGAAACCCAGUUGUUCUUGUUUCUGGAUCACGACUACACGGCCAUUCCAACCAAUCUGAUCAGAUUUGUACGCGGAUUACCCGCAGAAAUAUUGCCGGAUGUGAGUUUUGGUAUUCCUGGUCAAAACCACUUGGUACUGCGCCCCGAGAAAGCUUCUGACAACCGUUGGGCCAUAUCGGAAGAUGAGUUCCCAUGGGACUACUAUCCGGCGUAUUUUGGAGGAUAUUCUUACAUGAAAGGAAUCAAUAUUGUGACAGAUAUGGCUAUUGCCUCAGCAUUUGUCCAUCCACUGCGUGUUGAAGAUGCUCAUAUGGGCAUUUUGCGAUAUAGAGCGGGAGUUCAAACCUACGUGAUUCCACAGCUAGUACAUACAGUGAAUUCGGCCAAAGAACUGCGGACUAUAAUUUGUGGAAACUCUUGGCACAUACGAAAUUUUUUCAACUGGACAACCGGUCGGAUUAUCGGACGAUGA